UACAGCUGAGUUGGUGAUACAGUAUGUCAAGCAAGCCUCUUAUCGAGCUAAUUUUGUGUUGAUACUGUACGAAUAGACUACUGUAACACUACUACUUCUAAGUAUGAACUGAAGUGUUUGUCUGCUUACUUGCUUUGGAUAAAUGAAUGGCAAACAUUAUAGAUGUCGAGAAUGCAGGGGAUCUUCAAUCUCAAAUCGAAGAGGUCGAGGCACUUUCCUCCAUAUACGGUGACGAAUGGUGUGUUAUUGAUGAAGCAGCAAGAAUAUUUUGUAUCAAAAUAACUGAUGAUAUAGACCAUCCAAAACUGAAAGCAUGUUUACAGAUCAUUCUCCCACAUGAUUACCCGAGUGCAGCGCCACCUGUCUACCAAAUAAAUGCAGCAUGGUUGCGAGGCCCUGAUAGAAUGACCCUGUCCAACAGCCUUGAGGAGCUCUAUGUGGAGAAUACUGGGGAGAGCAUCCUCUACCUCUGGGUGGAGAAGAUCCGGGAGUUCCUCCUGGAGAAAUCCCAAAGCACAGACACAGUGGAGCAAACAGAGGUGAGAAAUAUGGCAACAGAGGAGGAGGAAGUGGCGGAUGAUGAAGAAAUGCCAGAUUACCGCGCUCUGAAGCUGAACACAGAGAAUGCACACCUCUUCGAAAAUCACUCAAGUGAUGAGGAACUACCUCCUAUUAAACUGGGGGAGACGAUAACAGAAAGACGCAGCACCUUCCAACCGCACCUAGCCCCUGUGGUAACACCUAGACAGGUUAGAAUGGUUCUUGAAAAGCUGUAUGAAAACAAGAAGAUUGCAAGUGCCACUCACAAUAUUUAUGCAUACAGGAUAUACUGUGAAGACAAGCAGAGUUUCCUGCAGGACUGUGAGGAUGAUGGAGAGACCGCAGCGGGAGGACGAUUGCUUCACUUACUACAGAUCCUGGAUGUGCGGAAUGUGCUGGUGGUUGUGUCUCGCUGGUAUGGAGGGAUUCUGCUGGGUCCAGACCGUUUCAAACACAUCAACAACUCUGCCAGAAACAUCCUGGUCCAGGAGGGAUACACUUCCUCUGCGGAUGAGGCAACCAAAGCUGGAUUGAAGAACAAAAAGUCAAAAAGCAAGAAGACAAAGUAAAAGUGAUAUCCUCUGAAUGCUAGUCAGUGGCAAUGCUCUCUUUAAUAUUGUUGAAAGGUUUACAGAAAGGAACAGACAUUUCUGACCUCUAUGAGGACUUCAAUCUCAAAAACGUUUUGUUGUGCCUUAAACUGAAAAUGGGAAUUUCAUGGCAAUUAAUUUAUGUAAUUUUAGUGUCGAACAUUACAGUAAGCCCAUCUGCUCAUCACCAUAAUGAAAACUGAUUAUGUGAGUCAUUUCUAUUAAUAAAAAAAGGGCUGCAUACAUGA